AUCUAAAACUAUGCUUUAUCAGUAAGAUUAUCUUAACUCACUUCAACACUAUUAAAACUGUUAUUAUAACUAUUACUAUUGAUAUUAGUCUGUUUGCAAUUCUCCUUAUAUUCCCUAGUGACUAAUUGUUUAUCUAAGUGAUGUAAUUGAAGCGUAAUGCAAUUUAUCUUAAUUUUGAUCUCUCAUACUCUCUCUCCCCUUAUCUAUUUGAACAUGACCUGGAAAACAUUCGCACGUGUCUUUCUGCAUGAUUAAUUCAAUGUAGUUUGUUUACUUAUCAGUCUUAUAUCUCCCAAUGUAAUUUCAAAAGUAUAUAUAUCCGUGUAUGUAGAGUAUUCAGCUGACGAGUUCUACUGAAAUUUGAUGAAUUCAUUUAAUCCUGCUUGAUUAGCCUUUAUUGGUUGUUUCAAAUUCGUAUCGGGAAAUAAAUGUUUUCUAAUUAUUAUUAUUACUAUUUCCUGUCUACCAUAAAUAUUAUUAUUAUAUCUUUUAAUUCCCAGAGGAAUAUAGGGCUCCAGCUGCCAUCUUCAUUGCCUUCUGUUUUCUGCCAACGUUUUCACCCCGCUCCAAGUCUGCCCACAUGCUUUCAUCUCAUCUUCACAUGACCUCCAAGUCACCCUUGCACUUACGACCAACUCGCCGCUUCCCUCUCGGGUUCCACUCGAGGGCUUGUCUAGUGAUGUCACUUGAUGGUUUCCUCAGCGUAUGGUCAAUCCAUCUCCAUUUCUUCCUGCCUAUCUGUUUCACAAUCGGUUCCUGGUUGGUUCGCUCCCAAAGAUCCCUGUUGCUGAUCUUUUCUGGCCAUCUGAUCUUGAGUAUUGAGCGAAGGCAACUGUUAAUGAAUAUAUAUACAUAUAUAUAUGUAAAACCGUUUUAUCAUCAUCAUCAAGUCAUUUAUAAAUAUCAGUAGUUAUGUCAACUAGACGACGACUUGUCGACAUUGGUGCUAAUCUAACCGAUAAAGUCUUUACAGGAAUCUAUCGUGGUGUUGUUCAUCAUCAAAACGAUUAUCAGAAUGUUUUAUCACGAGCUAGAAAAUGUGGUGUAGAGAAAAUCAUUAUUACUGGAGGUUCACUUACUGACAGUUUAGAGGCGAUUUCUCUGUGCCAAAAUGAAGCAAAUCUCUUCUGUACAGUCGGUUGUCAUCCUACAAGAUGUUUAGAGUUCAACGAGAAUCCAAAUGACUACCUGACAAAAUUAAAAAGCCUUAUUUUAACCACUACCAAGAAGAAGGUGGUUGCUGUCGGCGAAUGUGGUUUAGAUUAUGAUCGGGUGGAGUUUUGUCCAAUAGAUAUUCAGAAAAAAUAUUUUGAUAUACAACUUCAACUGGCUAGUGAUGUUCAAUUGCCAAUGUUUUUACACUGUCGUGCUGCACAUGAAGAUUUUUUAGAGAUGCUGAAAUCGGCUAAAGAAAAAUACUUUAAGGAUGUCUCAUUACGCGGUGUUGUUCAUUCAUUUGAUGGAACUGGCGAAAUGGUAAAACACUUUACUGAUAUGGGACUAUACAUUGGUAUAAAUGGUUGCAGUUUAAAGAAUCAGGAUAAUUUAGAGGUGGUACGGAAAAUUCCCCUUAAUCGGCUACUCCUAGAAACAGAUGCUCCAUGGUGUGAUAUUAGGCGAACUCAUGCAGGUUAUUCAUUUGUCAAGACGCAUCCAACUUAUCGUAAACAUACAUCAUGGGAUGAAGAUUGUAUGAUAAAAGGACGUAAUGAACCUGCUAAUCUAGUUCAGGUACUAGAAGUUGUCGCGGGUAUAAGAGAAAUAAGUGAAGAAGAGUUGGCUGAGGCAACUUAUCAAAAUGCUGUUGAUCUUUUUUCAUUGUAAAUAUAAAUAUGAUGAAUGGAA